AUGGACGAGCCGCUGGUGUUUUGGAACGCGCUGUGGGACCGCAUUGAGUUCCGCAGCAAGGUGCCGGAUGCCGGCUUUGCGGGCGACAUGCGCAUCAGCUAUGCCAAGUUUCUGCAGCUGAUGGAGUCGCACCGCGUGAAGCGGCUGAUCGUGUACGGCGACAUGCGUACAGCUGUGGUAGAGGUGCCGCACCCCUGGACCACCAGCAUGAGCGGGGACGACAG